AUGUCUGCCAUUGCUGGCUCCUAUGGCUAUAUUGCCCCAGGUGAAAUUUGGUCCGGAUCAGAAGGCGGUAUCAUAAAGGCAUGGCCUUGGGACACCAUUGCUAAGUCCCUCUCAUUUACAUCAGGAAUAAGUCAUAAGGCUGUCUCGCUGGUUGAAAAAUCUUAUAUUGACCUUAGAAACCAUGCUACAAUUGGUAACCUGUGUUCUUUGCUUGCUGCUGAUGUGAAACACAUGCUCGCAGACAGCUGUCGAGCGAAAGUUUGGAGACUAACUAGCAUGACAUUUGCUCUUUGGGAUGCUAAGACUAGGGAACUUUUAAAAGUAUUUGGCAUCGAUGGACAAGUUGACUUAGCUCGUCCUGAGGCCCCAGUAAUGCCGGAACAAUUCAUAGAGGAAGAGAUUAAAGUAAAACCCACAAAGGGAGAGGCUCAAGGUUCUUUCACAUUUUUUCAGAAAUCUAGGAAUGCCUUGAUGGGCGCAGCUGAUGCUGUACGCAGAGUUGCAACAAAAGGGACAUGUGUGGAAGAUAAUCGGCGAACUGAAGCAGUGGCUCAAGCAAUGAAUGGGACAAUUUGGUCUGGUUGCACAGAUGGUUCAAUUAUUGUUUGGGAUGGAAAUGGGAAUAGACUGCGAGAAUUUCAUUACCAUAGUUCUUCUGUUCGAUGCAUAAAGACACUCGGAGACAGGGUUUGGGUGGGCUAUACAAGUGGCACUAUUCAAGUUAUCGAUGUCAAAGGUAACCUUCAGGCAGGAUGGAUUGGUCAUAGCUGCCCAGUCAUAGACAUGGCAAUUAGUGAUUCUUACAUUUUUUCUUUGGCACAUCAUGGUGGUAUUCGAGGAUGGCCUCUAAGUUCCCCUAGCUCUCUAGAUGAUAUUCUAUGCUAUGAGUUGGCUAGCAGGGAACUGUUAUAUACGAGGCUAGAGAACCUUAAAAUACUGGUUGGGACUUGGAAUGUUGCACAAGAGAAAGCUUCUCCUGAAGCACUAAGGUCAUGGUUGGGUGGUGCAUUUUUUGAUGUUGGGCUGGUGGUGGUUGGCGAGAUGGGUGCUGGAGUUCUUGCCAUGGCAGCUGCUAAAGAAAGUGUAGGGCUUGAAGGCAGUGGCAAUGGGCAGUGGUGGAUAGACAGUAUUGGCAAAACACUUGAUGAGGGGAUAUCCUUCCAUAGAGUUGGUUCAAGGCAGUUGGCAGGACUACUUAUUGCUGCAUGGGCAACGAAUGACCUUAGGCCACAUGUUGGUGAUGUUGAUGCUACUGCAGUGCCAUGUGGCUUUGGGCGUGCUAUUGGCAACAAGUUUCAGUAA